AUGGACAUAUCCGAAGCAGAGGCUGGCCAUUCGAAGAUCCAGGAUGAUGAUUGUUACAUUCUCACUGUGGACUCAAGCAGUGAUGAAGAACUUGACUGCUUUGUGUCUGGCAUGAACGUGCAGACAGGAAACAUCAGCUACAUUGUGAUCGACUCAGACUCUGAUGAUGAUGAAUACUUCCCUGAGAAAAAAAGAGCUAAGAUAUCUGAAAUAAGUAGUGAAGAUGAGAUUCUGGAAGUGUCUGAUACUGAUGAGCUGCUGCCCCAGAAGCUUCCAAUCAUUAUCAGUGAUGAUGAUGAUAGUGAUUUGGAGUGGCUAAGAGAAGACAAUUCAUGUGAUCAGGGGAAUGUUCCCUCAAGUGAGAAAAAGAGGGAUGGAUUUGCUGUCUUCCAAAGCAAAUCAUCUAAUGAUGUUGGUAAGCAGGAUCUUGGGGAAAAUCUCUGCCAACCACCAAAUGACCAUCCUCAGGCUAAACUAGAGAUUUCAGAUAGAAAGCUGUCAACUGAUGAAGAGCCUGUACCUGUGGUGGAACAACCAAGGAAAAGGAAAAAUAAGACCAAAAAUAUAUCUGUGACACCUGCUCUGUGGGCUCAUCUCAUUGACUUGUGGGUUAUUCCAGCCAAGAUAAAAAAUUCUCAGUGCAAAAUACCUGGGUGUUUCUUGCGUGGCCUUGAAAACUUAAAGCAGUACUCUGGGAAGAAUUUUAAGCAAAAUAAGGACGAACUGGUUCAGAAAAUCUACACUCUGCUUAACAGCUCUGUCUUUGAUAAAAAGAUGCCAGAGAAAAUUGACAUCGGCUGGAAUAAGAAGAUGCUGAGAACUGCCGGCUUAUGUACCACUGGCGAGAUUCGAUACCCAAAGCGGGAGCGUUAUGCUAAAAUUGAGAUUGCUCUGAAAGUCUGUGACUCUGCAGACCGACUCCGGGAUACUUUGAUCCAUGAAGUAUGCCAUGCAGCCUCCUGGCUGCUUGAUGGUGUCCGUGAUUCUCAUGGUGAUGCGUGGAAGUAUUAUGCCCGAAAAUCGAAUAUGGUGCAUCCAGAGCUGCCCAAGGUCACCCGUUGCCAUAACUAUGAGAUUAACUACAGGAUUCAUUAUGAGUGCACUCAGUGCAAAUCCAGGGUCGGCCGCUACACCCGAUCAUUGAACACUGACCGCUUCAUCUGUGCCAGGUGCAGGGGCUCUCUGGUCAUGCUGCCGUUAACUCGGAAAGAUGGAACCCCUAUUAAGCCCCACGUGAGGCCAUUUGCCAAGUAUGUGCAGGAGAAUUACAGUAUAGUCAAGAGGGAGAUGGCAGGGAUAGGUCAUGGGGAUGUGAUGAAAAAGCUCAGCAGGGAUUUUUUGGCCAAAAAACAAAGGCAGGAGCUUUAAGGCUAUCUGAGAAUGUAUUUGUUCGAGAUGAGCCAUCUCUUAGUAAGGAGUUUUAGAAAGAUCUCAAUGCUGUGAA